AUGUCCUUUUUAAGGAUAAAUAACGUUGAACCUGAAGUUCUUCCACAGCUGGAUGCAGAACUAGAAACCAUCAUCAUGCAGCUGUGUGAAACGUGUGAUCCCCCGACGAGAGGAAGACACAACGCAGGUGGAUCCAGACCCGGGACGUGGACUCAUGCAGCUCAGGUCUGCUCCGACAGGAACUCUGAGGCCGAAGGUUCAAGUCCCGACAGCAUCAACUCCCCCGAACGUGUGCGGCGCCGUGUGUCCGUCCAGCUCCCGAUCCUCCAUCAUUCGUACCUGACGGCCGUCGGCGGCGUCAGCGCCAGCAGGUCCGCUCUCUUCAGCCAGGACGAUGACAACUUCCUGUUUACCUGACCCACGCUGCUGCUGGACCAAUCAGACGGCAGCAGGGACCUUCACCUGGGACGAUGACAACUUCCUGUUCACCUGACCCACGCUGCUGCUGGACCAAUCAGAGCGCAGCAGAGACCUUCAC